AUGUUUGACUACGACCUAUUUCCUUUCCUGUCUUCCACCAUCAGCCCCUACUACAAGCAAAGCCUACUCCGAGGACUCCAGGACUCCGGCAUUUCUGAGAUACGUUCAGAUUCUGAUCGUUUUGUCAUUAACUUGGAUGUGAAGCAUUUCUCCCCCGAUGAUCUGACUGUGAAGAUGAAGGAUGACUUUGUGGAAAUCCAUGGAAAACACAGCGAGAGGCAGGAUGACCAUGGCUCUGUUUCCCGGGAGUUCAACCGCCGCUACCACCUCCCCCCCAACCUGGACAAAUCCUCUGUCAGCUCCUCCCUUUCUUCUGAUGGCAUCUUGACCUUCAGUGGACCAAAACUGAUGUCCAAAGACAAGCCCAUUCCUUUAUCCUGA